AAUAAUCUUUUGCUGUCGGUAUGCGUAUAUGUAAUGAGUGUAAUUGAAAUGCCUGAGUGGGUGAUGAAUGAGUUAAAUAAAAUUGUACAUGAUUUUAUAUGGGAAGGGAAGGGAGUUAAAAUUGCACAAAAAACAUUGGUGGCGAGGAAACAGGAAGGUGGACUAAAGCUGAUUGAUUUAGAAACAAAAAAGUUGGCAAUAAGAAUAAAAACUGUUAAAAAAUAUAUGGAAGGAAGAUGGGAGUUUGGUUGGAGAGAAUUCUUAAAGAAAUACAUUGAUGAUGUUGGAAGAAUGGGAGAGUAUGGGUGGUAUAUGGGCUUUAAACAGUCAAUGACUGUGGGAAUGCCAGACAUAUACAGGGAGGUGAUGGAGGCAUGGAGGCAAGUGAAAGAUAUUAUUUAUGAAGUUAUUCCAGGUUUUCUUAGAAAUAACUGUAUAUAUGACUCAGUGUGUGAGUUGGAUGGCAUGGAGAGCAGAGUAAAGGUGAACAAUAUAUAUGAAAGAAUUAAAGCAAGUCUACCAUCGAAAUGGGUGAAUGUUAUAGAAAAGAGUUGUGUAAAGAAAAAACAACAGGAUUUGCCUGAGAUGUACAUAAUGAAAGACGGGGAAAAAUAUAAUAUAAAAAGCAUUAGCGUAAAGAAAGUCUAUGACUUGUUUAUAAUGGAUCAAAUAAAAGUGCCAGCAUCUGAAAAAGUAUGGAGUAGGGUGUUUGAAGACUUGGAUGUAAAGAAAAUAUGGUCAAAUAUGGAUAUAAAAUACAAUACUAUAGAAUGUGAAAAUAAUGACUUCUUAAUCAGACACAAUAGAAUCUAUACAAAUGUGGUACUAAAUAAAAUAAAUAAUAAUAAUAAUGUGAUGUGUGAUGUAUGUAACACUGACCAUGAGACUUUUUUGCAUUAUUUUUUGGAAUGUAAUGAAUUAAAAGAUUUUUUUGUUUUCUUAAAAAGUCUGUUAAAAAAGAAUUGCUUUGAUGAUGUGAAUUUGAAGGAGAGAUGGAGGAAAAUAUUUUUAUUUGGAGUGUUUCAGAAAAAGACAGCAAUAGACUUUUGGUUUAUCAAUUAUGUACUAAGCCAUGCUAGAUUAGCAGUUGUACUUAGACGGAAUUAUGCACACUUCGAAGGGAGAAAAGUCAAAAUAAAAGACUUUUUCAAAGCAAUAAUGACAAGAGAUAUUGAAAUGUGCUGUAAAUAUGGGGGAGAUGAUGUGAAGGACUUCUUUGUAACCGGUAAUAAAUUCAUAAAAGAGGGGGAGAGAAAAGAGGUUUUGUAUAACUGGUAA